AUGGAGAUGGAUAAUCGCGCCGGCUUCACCUACAUGGGCCGCAAAUUCAGCGAUUUAAGUGUCAACGACGACUCCUCUGCUUUCAGCGAUUGUAACAGCGACAGAUCCGGCGAAUUUCCCACUGCUUCCUCUGAGAGCCGCCGCCUCCUCCUCACCUGCGCCUCCGACAAUUCCGAUGAUCUCAUCGGGCAUCUCGUCGCUCAUCUCGAUUCCUCUUGUUCCAUCGAGGAGCAGAAGCAAGCUGCCAUGGAGAUCAGGCUCUUAUCCAAGAACAAACCGGAAAAUCGGAUCAAAAUCGCCAAGGCCGGCGCGAUUAAACCGCUCAUUUCUCUCAUCUCUUCUUCGGAUCUUCAGCUUCAGGAGUAUGGAGUCACGGCGAUCCUCAAUCUCUCCCUCUGCGACGAGAACAAGGAGCUGAUUGCGUCUUCCGGUGCGAUUAAGCCGCUUGUCAGGGCGUUGAAAAUGGGAACUCCGACGGCUAAAGAGAACGCCGCGUGCGCUCUGCUCCGGCUAUCACAGCUCGAGGACAACAAAGUCGCAAUCGGAAGAUCAGGAGCGAUUCCUCUCUUAGUGAACCUUCUAGAAACCGGAGGAUUCAGGGCGAAGAAAGACGCAUCGACGGCUCUCUACUCGCUGUGCUCAGCGAAAGAGAACAAAAUCAGAGCCGUGCAAUCGGGAAUUAUGAAGCCGCUGGUGGAAUUGAUGGCGGAUUUCGGAUCCAACAUGGUGGAUAAAUCGGCUUUCGUGAUGAGCCUGCUAAUGUCGGUGCCGGAAUCGAAGCCGUCGCUUGUGGAGGAAGGAGGAGUUCCGGUGCUGGUGGAGAUCGUUGAGGCGGGAACACAGAGACAGAAAGAGAUCGCUGUGUCGAUACUGCUUCAUCUUUGUGAGGAGAGUGUGGUGUAUCGGACCAUGGUGGCUCGUGAAGGAGCGAUUCCUCCGCUUGUGGAUCUUUCUCAGGCGGGAACCAGUCGAGCGAAGCAAAAGGCGGAGGCUUUGAUUGAGCUCUUACGGCAGCCGAGAUCCAUUAGUAACGGUGGAAGAUCGUCGGAACUGUGA